AAUGACUGAAAUAAACAAAAUAAAUAGUGAUGAAUUUGAACUUUAUGACAGACAAAUUCGUUUAUGGGGAUUGGAUGCCCAAAAUAGACUUCGUCAAUCUUCAGUUAUAAUUGUUGGAAUGACUGGGUUGGGUGCUGAACUCGCAAAGAAUUUGAUGCUUUCUGGAUUGAGAUCGCUUACUUUAAUGGAUGACAAGAAUAUUUCUGAUGCCGAUAAACAUUCACAAUUUUUAAUUUCUCCAGAUGACCGCGGAAAUCGUGCCCAAGCAUCUAUUGAACGUUUAAAACAAUUAAAUCCGAUGGUUCAAGUUAAUGUUGAAAAUGGCUCUAUUUCAAGCAAAUCAGAGGAUUUUUUCAAAAAUUUUGAUUUGGUUAUUCUUGUUGAUCAAAACUUUGAUAUUACCAAUAAAAUUGACAAAAUUUGCCGUAAAUAUAAAAUUCGGUUCCAAGCUGGCGGUGUUUUUGGUUGGAUUGGUUAUGGAUUUUUUGAUUUUAAUGAUCAUGUUUUUCUUGUUCCAAAACCAAAGGAAGCACAAAUUAUUCAAAGUAUUUUGGAUGAUGUUGAUGAGAGAAUUGAAGACAUUUCUGAAUCAAAAAAGCUUAGAACUGAAGAUGGAAAUAUUCAAACAUUUACUUUAGAGGAUGAAGAUGCAAAAAUUAAAAAGAAUGUUUUAUUUCCAAGUUUUGAGCAAACUUUUGAUAUUAAACUUGGGAUGAAAAAAUUGCUUCGUCGGCGUUUUACUUUUAUGCAAAUUAUGAAAGAAAAAAAUGGAAAUGAUUAUACAAAAGAUGAAGUUAUUAAAAAAUGGAAAAAAGAAUUGGAAGAAGCUUGUUUAGAAGAAUCUAAACAAAAGUUUACAGUUGACGAUUUUGCUUUGUUUGUUUUUUUUUUGUUGUUUACAAAGCCGGCUUUAAAUUCUGUUUGUGCAAUUGUUGGAAGUGUUUUGGCUCAAGAGGCGAUUAAAGCUUUAUCUCAAAAUGAUGUUCCGUUAAAAAAUAUUUUUCUUUAUUCACCCGUGGAUUCAUCUGGAACUGUAUGUGAGAUCUCAGCUUAA